AUGCCUGAAACCAAUUUUCCUAGUUUAUCGGAGGACGAACAGAGCUAUGGGACAGCUGAAUUUAUGGACCCUGAAUUGUACAGAGCUACAACAGAAGGCGAUAUUCUUGAGUUCAUAAGGGCGAUGGAAACAAGUCCGGCAGAUGGAUCACAUUACAAUCCACCAGCAACUUGUGUCCAACUAGGUCCUCAGAAGAACACAGUCCUUCACAUUGCAACAAAUUUUGAGCACUAUGAAAUUGUUAAACUCGUCUGCAAGGACUUGCCUUACUUGGCGGCUGAGAAAAAUGCCAAAGGCGACACGGCACUCCAUAUUGCUGCAAGAUCUGGGAAUUCAUGGCUAGUCGCUUUGCUGCUCGAUUGUGAUCACAUCAAAGAAGUUCUGAGUGAGCAGAAUGAGGAUGGUAACACUGCGUUGCACGAGGCACUGUGUUGUUGUUGUGAAGAGGUGCCUCGAAUGCUGAUUGAUAAAGACCGAAACGUGUCAUAUUCUGUAAACAAGGAAGGGAAGUCUCUGCUCUAUCUGGCUGCAGAAGCAGGUUAUGCUUCCAUUGUUAGGCUUCUGUUGGAAAAUCCAGUGGGAAAUUACAGUAUUGGAGGGAGUUCUAAAUACAACUCACCAGUUCAUGCAGCUAUCCUUGGCAGGAACAUAGAUGUCCUAAAAGUAUUGUGGGAAAAGUAUGAAUCCUCCUUCCACAUGAAGUGUGAGGAAGGGAGGAAUCCUCUUCACUAUGCCACAUAUAUAGGUUUCGUCGAAGGGGUCAAUUUCUUGCUGAAUAAAAGUUGUGCUUUUGCUUACCAAAGGGACAAACAUGGUUUGUUUCCGAUUCAUAUAGCAUCCAGCGAAGGCCAUACCGCCAUAAUCCAAGAUAUGCUUUGCCACUGCCCGGAUUCCAGAGAGCUUCUUACUUUAGAAUUUCAUAACAUCCUUCAUGUCGCGGCUAAAAGUGGAAAAGCCAAAGCAGUUAGUUUCAUGCUGAAAAUGUUCGAGCUUCAGAAGCUUUUGAAUGAGAGAGACGGGGAUGGAAACACACCGUUACAUGUGGCCACCAUUUAUGCGAAUGCGGAAACUGUAAGUACUUUGACAUGGGAUGAAAGGGUAAACCUGGAGCUGGAGAACAAUGAAAGUUUCACAGCACUUGACAUUGCUGAAAAAUAUAUGGAAACUGCAGAAUCAUUUAGAAAGAUGUCCUUUGCCACAUAA